CCUCUUUCUAGGGGAACCGCUCCAAUUCCUGUCACUUCUCAGACUCCCUCCGUCGCGGAUAUGGCUCUGCCGCCCUUCUUCGCCCCGGGCCGCCCAGGCCCGCCGCCUCCGCAGCCGCCGCCUCCCGCUCCCUUCGGCUGCCCGCCACCGCCGCUGCCCUCCCCGGCUUUCCCGCCGCCUCUUCCCCAGCGGCCCGGCCCCUUUCCGGGGGCCUCCGCCCCCUUCCUCCAGCCCCCGCUGGCUCUGCAGCCCCGGGGCCCCGGGGAAGCCUCUCGCGGCGGCGGCGGCGGCGGCAGCGGCAGCGGCGGCGGCGUCUUCUACCCGGUGCCGCCGCCGCCGCUGCCGCCGCCGCCGCCCCAGUGCCGGCCCUUCCCGGGGACCGACGCUGGCGAGCGGCCGCGGCCGCCGCCGCCAGGCCCGGGGCCGCCCUGGAACCCGCACUGGCCUGAGGCGCCGCCGCCGUCUGACGUGCUCGGGGACGCGGCCUUGCAGCGCCUGCGCGACCGGCAGUGGCUAGAGGCGGUGUUCGGGACCCCGCGGCGGGCGGGCUGCCCGGUGCCUCCGCGCGCGCCCGCCGGGCCCAGCCUGGGCGAGGUGCGCGCGCGGCUGCGCGGGGCUCUGCGCCUGGUGCGGCGGCUGCGCGACCUGGGCCAGGCUCUGCGCGAGGCCGAGGCGGAUGGCGCGGCCUGGGUGCUGCUGCACGCCCAGGCCGCGCCGCUGCGCGCCGAACUGGCCGAGAGACUCCAGCUGCUGACCCAGGCCGCCUAUGUGGGCGAGGCGCGGCGGAGGCUGGAGAGGGUCCGGCGCCGCCGGCUGCGGCUUCGCGAGAGGGCCCGGGAACGCGAUGCCGAGCGGGAGGCCGAGGCCGCGCGAGCCGCGGAGCGCGAGCAGGAGAUUGACCUCUGGAGGGUCAAGUGCGUGCAGGAGGUGGAGGAGAAGAAGCGGGAACAGGAACUGAAAGCUGCAGCUGAUGGUGUCUUAUCUGAAGUGAGGAAAAAGCAGGCAGAUACCAAAAGAAUGGUGGACAUUCUUCGGGCCUUGGAGAAAUUGAGGAAACUCAGGAAAGAGGCAGCAGCAAGGAAAGGCGUCUGUCCUCCAGCUUCAGCAGAUGAGACUUUUGAACAUCAUCUUCAACGACUAAGAAAACUCAUUAAAAAACGUUCUGAAUUAUAUGAAGCUGAAGAGAGAGCCCUCAGAGUUAUGUUGGAAGGAGAACAAGAGGAAGAGAGGAAAAGAGAAUUAGAAAAGAAACAGAGGAAAGAAAAAGAGAAAAUUUUACUUCAGAAGCGUGAAAUUGAGUCCAAGUUAUUUGGGGAUCCAGAUGAGUUCCCACUCGCUCACCUCUUGCAACCCUUCCGACAGUAUUACCUCCAAGCUGAGCACUCCCUGCCAGCACUCAUCCAAAUAAGGCAUGAUUGGGAUCAGUACCUGGUGCCAUCUGAUCAUCCCAAAGGCAACUCCGUUCCCCAAGGAUGGGUCCUUCCCCCGCUCCCCAGCAACGACAUCUGGGCAACGGCCAUUAAGCUGCAUUAGUAAAGAUGCUCCAGGAGUGUGGUCCGGCCAAGCCUCUUUCCAGCUCUAAAUACUAGUGAUGCCACCAUCUUCUUGUGCUGUAGACUAAACCACAACCUCUAAACUCCAUGUGGCAUUGCCCUACCCAGAAGUUAACGUUUUCCUUGCAUGGUCUGUCCUGGCCAGAGGUGCCUCUUGAAUCAGGAGAUUAAUAUGGUUCUUCAGGAAAGGACCUAGGUGAACUGGGGUUAUUACCACAGGCAGUGGCCGUGGUUCACCAAAUUUAAAUUUGCCUCUGUUUUGAAGAGGGCUUAGUGCAGAGUGACUUGUUAAUUUACUCUUAACUGCCUUGGUGGUGAUGGGUAAGUACACUCCAUACACUCAACACAAGUAUGCACUGGGUAGACUUAGCAGCCCUUCCCCCGAGUACUGAGUGUGAAGGCAGGCUUGAUGCAAAACGUCCAUACCCUUACUACCUAGAGAACCCUCUGACUUCUAGGAGGAAAGGUCAGAGAUGCCUUAUCUUUGGUUUUGUGAAUCCCACUUUUGGUGCAGCUUAAGAAGCUGCAGGCUGAGCUGCCAGAAAAGCUCAUGGCCUAUCUGGUAGUCCUGUGGUUAACUUGAGAAAGCUGUACCCAUAUUGGAUCGUGUUUUAAUGGAUAAUGACUAUAUCUUCCCAUGUUAGAAGGAUCAUAACAAAAACACCUGUUUUUUACGUUCCUAGAGGCCCAGUUGUUCAGAAUCACCAAUGAUAGAAAUCUGUUUCCCUAUGGGUGUGGGACCUUAACCUCACUCAGUCACAUUGGUAGGUGCCGGGAUAGCUGUGGAAUUUUCUUAGGAACUUAAGCUCCCCAAAACACCCAUGUAGUUAAAACUGGGAGGAAAGCAGAUAAAAAUGAAAUUGAAUUUAUUUUUUUAUAUUAAUAAAUGCUGUUGUGCCUGGAAAUGAUUGAUCAUAUAACAUGUCAGGAGUUUGUUUUGUUUUGUUUUGCUUUUUGUCACCUAUUGUGUUAUUUAUAUUUCCAAAAAGCUAAAUAAAUAUCAUUUUUAUUUUUUAGCUUGA